GGGGUUCACUGCUGUUGCUGUGAUGGAAGGCAAACACACAGGCACGCACAAGCACGUACAAGCACGCACAUGCACGCACGCACACGCAGGGGUGAACGGCUUGACAAGGAGCAGUGCUCUGCGUGGAGGAACGAAAGGGAAGGGGGUACCAACUGCUGUGCUGCUUGCGACCGGGACAAAAGCACGACAAGUGCACGGCAAGCCAGCCAGCCAGCAGGCAGUGAACAACCACCAACAGGUCUCCGUCUUGGCCCGUUGCAUACAUGUGUGACACAAGCCACAAACACUGUCAAUCAGCCCACCGUCUGGCAACAGCAUCCAAGAUGCACUCGGCAAGGGCACUGGCAACUGCGAUUGGUGAUUGUGGCGUCGUUACCAGCACCGGCCUCAUCCACGGCAUCCCUCUGAUGCAACUCCCACCACCUCUGUGCUCAUCAUCAGCCCAUCAGCAGCAGCAGUGACAGCAGUGACAGCAACAACAGCAGUGACAACAGCAGUGGUUGACACGACCACCAUCAACAGUCUGCAAGCCGGUUGAGCCAUGUGGGCACUGCAGGCGGUGUGCGUGCUGGCUCACAACAACCCUCCUCUACGUGUCUGACCAUUGAUCGCAGCAUGAGCACAACAGACACCACCACGCUUGAUGAACUGCUGCAGGGCGGAUGCAAGUGGAUCAGCGGCGUGGCUGCGGACAAUGGCGUUUUUCCUGCCACGGCAUUCCAUGCAACUCGCCAUCCAUCCUCAUCGUCGAUUCAGCCGCAAUGCAUUCCACGACCGUCACAGCCUCGGUGUGUCCAUGUCACUCUUCUCCAUGGUGACAUUCAUUCACACCGGAGCAGCGACGCGUUCCACCCGCGCAAACAGGCAAUACCUCGUCACCUUCAGGGGCACUACCAAGUCUGCUCGUUCUUGAUGCCAUGCGCAACCACCUCCCCAAGCUGCACAACGGCAGGGACAUUGUGUUGGUGUGUGCGUGCCGGUGGUUUGGCGAAGAGCGCAUGGGCCGUGAGGGGUAAGGUUGGGGAUGGCCCCUCGUGUCAGCAGGCAGAGGAAGAGUUCAACAAGUACACACGCACGGAGCUGGCGUUGGAGACCAAGAUCGGGCUUAUUAUCAUGGCUGCGGGUGCCAUCCCCAUCAUUGUCGUCGAUCACUACGUGCUGGUGCGUAUGGAUGAAUGA